GGUGCAAUGCUGGUGACGGCACCGCUGAAGUUUGGUUGUUCACGGAUGAUGCUGGCAUGAACUGAAUACAGAGAACAAGAACAUCAGACGAACAUCAGCCAAUCAGAUCCUUCGUGUUAGGUGGCAUCAAACUCCCUGUCCAAUCGCAGAGCAGAAUCGCUGCAAUUCGGAGAGACGAGGGUGAAGCGUAUCACCAUCACCAGCGGCUGUUUGCGCACAGUUACGCGCGUCUGAGUGGCUACGCAUUUGGAUAACGCUGCUCCAAAACUGCGUUGUUUUAUUUCGUUUGCACACCUGCACUGAAUUUAAACCCAUCCACAGCAGCGGUUUGUAAUCGCCCGUGAUCAUCAUGCCUGAUUCGGAUGUUAAAGCUCCAUUACUGAACUCGGAUCCAGAGACAGUGGAGGACGUGUUUGAUAACACAUAUAAAGAGAAAGAAGGCCCUAAACCACCCGUCGUCAUAGUGUGGAGAAAUGUCAUUCUCAUGAGUUUAUUGCAUAUCGGAGCUUUGUAUGGACUCUCCCUCAUACCAGUUGCAUGCACACUCACACUGAUGUGGUCGGUCUUUUGCUCCGUGUUCAGUGCUUUGGGCAUCACCGCGGGUGCUCACAGGUUGUGGAGUCACAGAUCAUACAAAGCGUCUUUACCUCUGCGGAUCUUUCUCGCUAUCGGCAACACUAUGGCCUUCCAGAAUGACAUCUACGAAUGGACACGUGAUCAUCGCGUUCACCACAAAUACUCGGAGACGGACGCUGACCCUCACAACGCCGUGCGAGGCUUUUUCUUCGCUCACAUUGGCUGGCUGCUGGUUCGCAAACAUCCUGACGUCAUCGAGAAGGGACGCAAGCUGGAGCUCAGUGACCUGAGGGCUGAUAAAGUCGUCAUGUUUCAGAGGAGGUACUACAAGCUGUUGGUGCCGUUGAUGUGUUUCUUCAUCCCGAUGUUUGUGCCGUGGUAUAUGUGGGGAGAGUCGCUGUGGGUGGCAUAUUUCAUACCUGCCGUUCUCAGGUACACGAUGGUGCUAAACGCCACCUGGCUGGUGAACAGUGCUGCACACAUGUGGGGCAACCGACCGUACGACAGCAACAUAAACCCCAGGGAGAACAAAUUCGUCACCUUCAGUGCAAUAGGUGAAGGCUAUCAUAAUUACCACCACACGUUUCCAUACGACUACGCCUCCAGUGAGUUCGGCUGGAGACUCAACCUGACCACCUGCUUCAUCGACUUCAUGUGUUUUCUGGGUCUGGCCAGUGACCGCAAGCGUGUGUCCAAAGAGAUGGUGCUCGCUCGCGCUCAGCGCACCGGAGACGGCAGUCACAGAAGUGGCUAAGUGCUCGCUUCACGUCCCGAAAAACUGCCGACAAGAAAACCGGAGGACGAUCAGCCCUUCCUUAGACGGGAGUUUCAACAGUGUUGAAGCUUCUGCUCUACAUUCAUCCUCUGAUGUCAGACGACGACAAACUUUUUUUUUUCUUUCCCCAGUCUAGCCUGUGAAGCUUUCAUACAGGCGUUCGACCUGUUUGUGUAGCACUAAUUCUUAUUUGUUUUCAGCUUCUUCUCUACUUUAAUUCUAGAUAGAUUUGACGCCCGCGUCUUGAGCUCUUGCAGCUGAUGUGCCUCAAUGCAGCAGCUAAACACGGCUCCCAGAAACAGGCCAACGACCCGGUGACCCUUUUUGUGUGCGACAUCUUGCCAGAUCUAGCUGUGCAAUUUGGGAGAAAUUAAAUAGAUUUACUAUUUAACUGCUGCAGCACCAUAUUGUAGUUGUACUAAGCUAAAGUAAGCCAGAUGCCUCAUAUUAUUGUCAUGCAUCCUGGGUGGCAUCUUACCAGAUCUAGCUGUGCAAUUGGGAGGAAAUUAAACCAAAACACCAAUUUAUUCAAUACGUAACAACUGCAUCUUACUGUAUCUGUACCAAGUUGAAUUGUAAGACCAGAUACGGUCUGUCUUACUUUUAACUUUUUUUUUUUUUGUUAACAUACUUGCACAAUUUGCUCAUUCUGUAGAGCUUUGGAGAAAUAAUUGAGUAGAAGAAAUAAAUCAAUUAUUAUGUUCUUGAGCAGCACAUCAUUUUUUGUGUUUUUGAUUGCUGCAGGUGCUCAAACAGACAAAAGACAGGUGUGAAAACGCUCUGAAAAUUUCUGUUACUGGCGUAGGAUGGGAUUAAUUUAUUGACGAACUUAUUGACACAAAUUUACAGAGAGAAAUGUUAAGCACGAUUCAUUUGUUAACCAUAAUUACAUUUUCUGAUAACACUGAAGACUAGGGAGAAUUCUGAAAGGUAUGUCUCAUACUUUGUCGUUGUUUGGGAGAAGUUGAAAGGAAUUGAGCGUGAUGAUUCUUGAAAUUUCAGUACUAUAAAAUUAACUGGUUGCUUUUUUUAUUGUAAUGAAUUGUGCAACAAUUGUUGAGUUUUUGAGUCUAGAUUUGUACUUUUCAUCUAAUUAAAAUGUCUGGACUUCAACGUUGUUGUAAGCAUGCUCUAUUAAUAAAAAAAACUCUCUUUUCUGAUGCCAAUAAUAAAGACGAACUGACGGGCAGUAAUGAUAAUAAUAUCAGCUCUGCUGGUGUUAUUGUCAUGGUGAAGUGUGUUAUUAUGAUGCCAAAAACGAUUGUUUUGCAUGCAAGCCAAAUGGUGUGAACUCUGACCUUUUUGCUCUGGUUCACCUGUGUUUAUUCAAACAAUGUAUUUUCAGAGACAUUGAUAUUUUGCCAAUUUACUUGACAAGUCAUUUGGUAGUUAAAAAUGAUUUGGAUUGUAAUUCCUUAAAACAGGAAAUUUUAUAUUGAGCGUUUGAGUCCAGACACCAACACUUGUAUUCGCCUUGUUUUCACUCUGACACUAUGAUUCGGAGGCGCCAGGAAGUGGCUGUGAGAUUUUUCAUGCUGUAGGAGGCCGUUUAAUGAAUCGGAGCCUUCAGUUAGUAAAACUAAUGUGAUGUUAAUGUCUGUGAUAACAGCCUGUCAUAGUGAAUAAACUCUUGCUUCAUAUUCGAUAACUCGAAAUAAAGUCUUAAGCAAAGAGCUUUUAAAAUUU